AUGGCUGAAGGCAGCAACUUCGAUUAUCUCUUCAAGGUUGUACUCAUUGGGGACUCCGGUGUCGGAAAAUCGUGCGUUCCUCUCCGUGCAUGCUUAGCCACUUCUCGACUCAUAAAAUUCAUUCUAUCAUUCGUAUCCCAACAUAGUAACUUGCUUUCGCGAUUCACCCGGAAUGAGUUCAACUUGGAGACGAAGUCGACUAUCGGUGUGGAGUUUGCUACUCGCUCAAUUACUGUAGACGGCAAGACGUUGAAAGCACAGAUAUGGGACACUGCUGGCCAGGAACGGUAUCGUGCGAUCACGGCUGCCUACUACCGUGGUGCUGUUGGGGCCCUGCUUGUCUAUGACAUUGCUAAGCACGGUACCUACGUCGAUGUUACAAGGUGGUUGAAAGAGCUCCGCGACCAUGCCGACUCGAACAUCGUGAUAAUGCUCGUUGGGAACAAGAGCGAUUUGAAACAUCUUCGUGCUGUCCCAACGGAUGAGGCGAAAACAUUCGCGACGGAGAAUGGUCUGUCAUUCAUCGAGACGUCAGCGCUGGACGCAUCGAACGUCGAGUCGGCAUUCCAGACUAUCCUUACCGACAUUUAUCGCAUCGUUUCGAGUAAAUCCCUCGAGCAAUCUUCAGACCCAAUCAAGCCAUCAUCAGGCGAUUCCAUCACUGUUGCCCCGAGUGUUGAUUCUAACACUAACCAGAAUAGCAAGUGUUGUUAA